AUGGAGAACGGCACUUAUCAAGAUGAGACCAUUUGGGCUCCAGGAACAGUCAGACUGGAAGAUACCGACCCCAAUGACCCCCUCAAUUGGUCAACAGCCCGCAAAAUCCUCAACUUUACCCUAGUCAGCUUCUUCGUGCUAUGGACCUUCGUACAACUUGACAUCGGCUUCACAAGUUGGGGUCCCAUGCGAGAAGAGCUCAACUUCACAGUCGAAAUCCUAAACGCCCACGCAGCCGUCAUGUACAGCGAUCUGGGCUUCGCAUUAUGCAUCUGGAAAGCCGAGAUGCACACCACCGGCGAUAUAGUGGGCAGCGCCCUGAUAUCCGGCAUCGGCAGCGCAAUCAGCGAGAUCAUCGUGCUGAUUACCAUUGCAGACAUGUUCUUCGUGCACCAGCAUGCCACGAUGACCGGCUGGCAUGUCAUCAUCCAGUGUACAGGCGCAUACCUUGGUCCCGUGGCAUCGGGAUACAUCGUGGUGUCACAAGGGUAG